AUGCCGAAAGCAGAGGUGGGCAGCACCAAAUAUGUCGCGAACAAAAUGAAGGCAAAAGGCCUGCAGCGCCUGCGAUGGUAUUGCCAGAUCUGCGAGAAGCAGUGUCGCGACGAGAACGGCUUCAAACAGCACACACAGUCAKAAGGGCAUGUACGCGCCAUGUUGCAAGUGGGCGAGGACCCCAGAAAAGUCAUCAAUGAUUACAGUCGCCAGUUUCAGCGAGAUUUCUUACAGUUGCUUCGCACAGCGCAUGGUGAGAAGAAGGUGCACAUGAACAAUUUCUACCAGGAGUACAUUCGCGAUAAGGAGCACGUGCAUAUGAACGCUACGAAAUGGCCGAGCAUGACGGAGUUUGCGAAGCACCUGGGUCGGGAAGGUAUUUGCAGAGUGGAGGAGGGUGAUCGAGGGUUGGAAAUUCAGUGGAUUGACGACAGCGCCGAGGCAAUUAGGCGGCGGGAGGAUAUCAAGAAGAAAGAGAGGCUGAUCAAAGGAGAUGAAGAUAUUGAGAGCAGGUUGCUGGCACAACAGAUCAAGCGGGCGAAAGAGGCAGAGGCCGCAAAAGCAGUACACAGGACGGUUGAGACGCCACAGGUUACAAAUGGUGAUGCUGAGAAAAUUGCACCUUUGGAACCGAUCAAGGUCUCUGUCAGCCUCAAAGCGAAAGGUCCCGCAAAGCCCUCUACAUCAGAAGCGCCUGCGGAAGAUGCACCAGUCGCAAUCGAUACAUUCUCCACUGUCGAGCAACCUGCAGAGAAGGCAGCGGCAAGUGAUAUGCCGCAGGAAGCAGAGCAGUCGAUCCAGGAAGAAACCGAGAAGCCAGAGGCGCCUGUGAAGAUGUCUUUGUCCCUGGCGAAGAAGAAGGCGGCAAAUCCUCUGGCAAAAAAGAACCCGUUUGCCAAGAAGAAGGAUGCCUUCGUACCGGAGCCCGAAAAGAAGAUGAGCAAUGCAGAGCGUAUCAUGAAGGAGGAACUUGAACGCAAGCGUGCUGCUGAAGAGCGCGGAUACGGCGGGUCAAAGAGGCCGCGAUUCAAUUGA